CUCACGAACGUUCCAGUAUCAGAAAGCAAUUGAUACAUGCGGAAGGGGAAAUAUUGACACUACAUUUGAUGCUAUAAGAUGGCGCCUUUCUUUCAAGUGGGGUAUAAGUCCGCUUCAACGGGCACAUCUUCUCAUCAGUCAGUUCUCGACUUUAACGUCAACAAAGUGUCUCCAAACCAGCACCCCAACGCGGAUACACACCCCCGACACUUGUUGUCACGAUGAAACAGUUCUUUUUCAAGAAUUUCACUGUGAUUCUGCUGACUGUAUUAUGCGUAGCAGUCGCUAUGCUUGAUGGCAGCAAAACACAGCCGAAACGCGGUGCGGCAAAAGACAGCGACUGGGUCCCUAUUUUCCAUCGGAAUCAGACAAAAAUUCGUGACGAACGUUACCAUCGUGCGCGCUACAGCGAAUAUCGCACAGUGGGCCGGCAAAGCAAGUACAGACGACAAAAUUCAAACUACAACGAAUGGAGGCCACACUUUCCCGCUCCGGCUCACAGCUAUUUAUCUCCAAAUAACAAACCGUCGUCGGCCUUUGAUUCGUACGCUCCCGUUUACCCGGAAACACCUUAUUCUCCGCCGAAAAUUCAAAGCUACGAACGUCCAGCGUCCAUCUAUCCAACUGCUUACUACACCAAAUCAACGAGUCCCGUUCAUCGCAAACCUUCUUACUCGUCACCGUCUUACUCGUCACCGUCUUACUCGUCACCGUCUUACUCGUCACCGUCUUACUUUCCUCCGGCUCCUUUCGAUGUGCCCAAAUUUCCAUCACCUGAGCCUGAAUACCCGUCGAUUUACUACAACGAUUUUAAACGAGUACAUGAAAGUUAUGAUCGUCCAAGAGAACGAUACGUCAACAAGCCAAACGAAUUUCCCGAUUUCGAUGAGUUUCUAAGACAGAGCAUCGCUUUUCAACACUUUAGACCUUGAGAUUAAAGAGAAAUUUUUUAAUUUGUAAUACUAUACUUUGUUGAUUUUGACGUUUUCUUGUUGACCAUUUUAAGCUUUGAAUUCAUUUGAUUUCACCAAUUAAGGAGAUCAUUGUCGUCGAGCGCAUGGCAGGCCUAUUCCAACACGAAGACAAUUGUACAUUAUGAAACUUAAAAUAAAAACCCAAUUCUCAUUUA